ACUACUAGUCCAAUAAAAUAUAAAUAUAUGCACUUGACCACACAACAACAUACAAUCGCCUCAGGUUUUCAGCUAACCUCUUAUCAAGUUUUGUUCAUUACUGACUACUGUGUUCUCCAAUUGGGUCUGUUUUGUUUUCAUCAAUCAAAAUUCAGAAGCUCGGUUCUCUCACUUUUCUGUACAAAAGCCAUAGAAAGACUAUUUGGGAUGGACUGGUACUAUGGAUGUGAAAGUAGUGAUCUUCUUGUAUCAAAAGAUCAAGAAAAUUUGUUGGAAAGGCAUCCUUCACCAGAAAAUUGGUCAGAAUGGGGAAUAAAUGCACCUGAAGGCUUUAAUUCACCCCAGGAGUAUUUGAUCAUGGACACAGACGAAACAGAAGUAGAAUUCAAUUUCAUUGAUGAAAGUUUCAAUAAUGAAAUUGAGUUUGACCCUUGUCAGUAUGAUAAAGAUCAGUCUAGCAGUUCAAGUGCAUGUGGAGGAUUUGCUGAGCAAUCGUUUCAACAAAUGGCACUUACGUGUGAUCACCAGCUUCAAGACCGAUCAACUUUCAAACACACGGAUGACAUUUUCUUGGAUUCUGUACUUGAAGAUUUUCCAUGUGUUGAAAACCUACACAAAUCAUUCUCUUACCUUGAAAACCAAUGCAGCAACACAACUGGUGGGGUUCAGAAAGAUAUUGCAGCUUCAGGGUUUGUUCCAUGCAACUCGGACUCCAAGGAUUGCCUGGAUAUAGAGGAUCAUGCAGUCAAAGUCUUGGACACUUUUGAGCAGUCCAAUGGAGAUGACACCAUGCUUGAGCAGUUAUCUCUUGAGGAAUAUACACUGCAGGCUUUUGAGAUGUUAAUUGCACAGUUCACUGAGAAGACUCGUAUUUCUUUCCGAGAUGCCCUGUACCGCCUUGCUAGAAAUACAAAACAACAUGUAAUAGAGGACCUUGAUGGAGGUCUUAACAUGCACCAGGAAAUGCCAGACUCAGUUUACCAUGAAACCAUGAGGUCUGAGGACAAUAAACCAAUGGAAUCAGAGAGCAACAGUGUUGACAGAGCAGUUGCAAAUCUCAUGUUCAACAAGAUGGAAAUUAACAUACUAGAUCUUCCCCUUACAACACUAGUAAACUUGAAGCAAGAAGUAAUUGGAAGUAAAUGUCUACUAGGAAAAAGCUCAAAAUCCUUGGAUGUGACCCAAUAAUCUCACUCUCCACACCCGGAAAAGUUACCCACCGAUGCUGAGGUUCCAAGGUUUGAACCAGAGGACCAACAAGAAGCCACGGAAUCAUAUAUUGCCUAUGGUUGAGUUUGGUUAAGUAAUGUUAUUGUGAGCUCCUUCCUGGUAGCUAAACCAAAAAUAAGAAAAAAUCAAUUUCCUGUAAUUGUGCAACCCUUUAAGAUAAAAGAGGUAAGGAUAUCUGACAAUUUUGGCUCCUGUGAUCUUACGUAUAUAUAUGCUUUUGUACUUGAAUUAUUUGUUCUGUAGCUUCUAUCCAAGGUCUAGCUGUAUCCAUCCAGCUACAUCUUGAUUUUGAUUGGAAUGUAAAUGAUUGAAUUGAUCAGCUAGAAGUUAGCAAAGAUAGGGUCAGUUCAGGAUUCUUAGGUUUUGUACACUUUGAUAUUUUUCUUGGAGUGCAAAUGAUGGAAUUGAUCAACUGUAGCAAGUAGCAAAACUGGGGUCACUUCAGGAUUCUUGUGUGUUGUACUUGUACCCUUGAUAUGUUCCUUGAAGUGCAAAUGAUUGAAUUGAUCAACCAGCAAUUUGCAGAGGUAGGGUCACUUCAGCAUUCUUAGGUGUUGUACCCCUUGAUAUUUUGCUUGGAAUUUAAGUGUGAAUUUAUCAACUAGCUACUAGAAAAA